AUGGCGGAUUUUUCCUCAGAAAUACGUCAAGGAAUACAGCACAUAUCAGAGUCAGUCUUUAUGAGACUGUGUGAGAAAGUGGGGACUUCACAACGGGUGGCUAUGAGGAGGGAGACAGUGGACAUCAAGGAGAUGGUGGAGCAACAACUGGCACCUAAUGAUGGGACUAUUCAGAUGUUGAGUGGAAGUGACAGAGAAGGAUUUAGACUGAAGGGAUCAGAUGUGGACCAUAUGUACUGGCCAAACGACCACCGAGUAAUCAUGGACAUGUCCCAGUCUGAGUAUUACAACAUGGCCAAUACAACCUUGAUUCUCUCUGACAGUUCUGAGAGUCCACCAGGAUUCACUCUACUUCAGUUACUGACACCAACAACAGACAUUGACGUCCUAUUAACAUGUUUCAGAAUAAAUGACAGAGUUUUUAUAAGUAGUUCUAUAUUUAGACAGUUAACUUAUUUAGCAUCAUUGCCCAAUUCUGAUAUACAUGGACCCUGCGUUAGUGGUGAUGUAGCAGGACUAGAAUAUGACGAUACAUUGUGUUUUGUUUGUGACUAUUGGCCUCCGUCUGCCUCUUCAUGGAUAGACAGAUGUCAGUCAUGGCCUGAUCCUGAAGUUGUUGAUGACAUUGUCAGAAAUGGAUGUCACUUUGUAGCAGUAGGACACCCAUUAGGACCCCAUGCAAAUGAAGAGUGGAGGUUAUCUUUUUCUCAGGCAGAGUAUAAAUGCGUGUAUGCAAUGAACCACAGUCAGUUUUUGACAUAUGGAUUGUUAAAGCUAUUUUUAAAAGAAGUUAUCAAUCAUAAUUUAGGUAAAAACAACACCUUGUUGUGUUCCUAUCAUAUAAAGACAAUAGUUUUGUGGACAAUUCAACAAAACACACUACCUCACUGGUGUCCACAAAAUAUCCUGGUCGGUUUCUGGGUCUGCUUUAAACUCCUCCUUAAAUGGGUGCGUGAGGGGAUCUGUCCUAACUUUUUCAUUCCACAAAACAACCUGUUUUUGACAAAGGUCAAUGGUUCAGCACAAAACAGAUUGUUCCUACAGUUACAUGAAUUGUACAAGAAAGGUCUGGCCUGUCUGUUACAGAGUUCCUCUGUCAGGUCCUACAUCAUCGAUGUCCUGUGCAGUCCUAGACUUUAUAUUUGCACUGAUGAAAGUAUUAUCAAAUGUGAAGUUGAUAGUGAUGUUGAAUUAUUUUCUGAGAUACUUCAGAAUGAUAAAACACUCGCACAAGUUUUUUACAGCUGUAUGAAAUACUUAUAUAAAGUUCAACAACUAAUAGGUUCACACCUUACACAAAAUCAAGUUGUCAUGUUACAGAGACUUACAGCCUCCAUCCUUAAGAAUUCUUCAUUUAUAUUACACAACAUGUACACAUACACAGGUGUAAACAAACAGAUGUAUAUUGCAGACAAAAUAUCCUGUCACAUGCUGAAAUCAGCAGCCAAGUUUGGGUGUGUUUCUGACAUGUUUUACAUUGCCAUGUAUUAUUACAGGACACUCAGAUACAGGGAAGCUUUAUCUGUUAUAGAGAUGUCAAAGGUCAAGUUAGCACAGCCAUAUCUGAUGUAUAGGGAACACGUAGACAGAGAUAGGUAUACUGAGGCUGUAGGAGGACAGUCCUGGUCUACAAAGAUGAGAAAGGCUGUAGUAUUGGAUAUCAUUCUUGACAAUGCAAUAUGUUAUAUCAAUGAACUAAUACCAGAACAACAGGCUGCUCUACAUAAUAAGCAGCAUAUGUUAGUUAUUCCGGUGUUUUUAAUGUUCCACUUUCUAGAGUUCUUGUGUUACAGACACAUUGAUACAACAUUAUCCCAAGCAGCUCUCGAUGAGCUACAGGUGCUAGUCCACUAUGAUCAGGGACUGUUUGUACGUGAUAUAUUCAGAGACAUCUCCUGGGAGAUCCUGGGGAUUUGUCAACAGAUCACAGGGAACCUUCAGGCUGCUCUAUACUCAUACCAACAGUCACUAGAACAGUAUCCAUUAAACUUAAUACAAACUGCAACACAUACUAGGAUACAGGAUGUUGUAAGCUAUUCACAGAAUAGUAAUUAAUGAUCAAGAAUAAUUCCUCAAUGGUACCUGAUCCUACCUCUUAUUUUUGUUGAGUCUCAUAUUUUCUCUGCUCCUGUAACUGGGUAUGUAUUUUUGCAUUUGAACUUUUGUUUAUAAUUGAUAUUUUCCGCGGUACGGAGAUUAACGGAAAAUAAUUGUCUUGUUGAUUCGAGUAGAAAAUUGUAUGCAAUGAAAUUACGAGUCACGUGGUGACGAGUGUAUGAUUUGUUGUCGAUUAGCACGAGAAAUCAGUUUUAGCCCGUCUUCUGACAAAGACCAUCAAAGUUUCACCAAUUUUGUUUUUAUUUUUUAUUAUAAUAUAAUUUAGAAGUUUAGAAAUUUCAUAUUUUUGUCGCAAAGCCCCUGCACUACCCUGGAGACGGCGCGCAUUUGCGACUUUGACAUGGUUUUGGACACAGGUUUCCAGAGAUUUUUCUAUUUCUGGUUUUUUUUCUGGGCGGUCACGUCGUCGGUGAAAGGAUCAAAUAUUUGUUAAGGUAUUGAUUUUCUAUAUUACAUUAUAUGUACAUGAUACAUUUUUGUUUUGUUCAGUUAAAAAAUAAACUUCCGUCUCCCCGUUUGCAUUCUGGGCUAGUCAUUGCCGUUUUAGUCGGCAAAUAUAUAUUUGCUUGUCAUUUUUGUAGGAAUAAAUAAGACACUCUUUUCAUUAUGAAUUACGUGAUCAAAACUCAACA